GAAUUAAUUGUCUCUCUUGCUGUAUCGGAAUAGGCAAACUUUCACUGUCUAGAAGUGGUCCGGUUCAACACUCCAAGAUACAGAUAUCCGUUCUAGCCAUCUGCUGUUCAACACCAAUCUGCAUAGACACCAAAGUCAUGAUGUCAAAGCACAACGAGCCUAUUGCAAUUGUUGGCAUGGGAUGCCGCUUCCCUGGUGCCUCGAAUAAUUCCUCAAAGCUGUGGGACUUGUUGAGAUCCCCUUGUGAUGUGUCCCAGGAAAUCCCAUCCAACCGCUUCAAUAUCGACCGUUUCUACCACAAAGACGGGACUCAUCAUGGCACCACCAAUGUCCGACGCUCCUACUUUCUGGAUGGUGAUGUUGAUAUGUUUGACACCAAGUUCUUCGCUAUCCCUCCCAGCGAGGCCGAGGUUAUCGAUCCCCAGCAACGUCUUCUCCUGGAAGUCGUAUUUGAAGCGAUCGAGAACUCGGGACUCACUCUGGACGGACUAGCAGGGUCUAACACUGCUGUCUAUGUUGGGCUCAUGUGUCAAGACUUCUUCGCAAUCCAAGCCCAGGACGUCAACUCCCUUCCUACCUACGCCGCCACUGGCGUUGCGGCCAGCAAUGCCUCCAGCCGUGUGUCUUAUUUUUUUAACUGGCACGGCCCCUCAAUGACCAUUGAUACGGCAUGCUCUUCUAGCAUGGUCGGUGUGCAUGAAGCAGUCCAGGCGCUUCGAAAUGGAACUUCCCGGGUCGCGGUGGCAUGUGGAACGAACUUGCUGGUGUCUGCAUUGCCGUAUAUUAUGGAAAGCAAUCUUGGAAUGCUCUCGCCCGACGGCCAAUCACGUAUGUGGGAUGCAGAUGCCAAUGGCUACGCGAGAGGCGAAGGUGUUGCAUCUCUUGUACUCAAGACACUGAGCUCAGCAAUCGAGGAUGGUGACGAGAUUGCAUGUAUUAUCCGAGAGGUCAGCGUCAACCAUGACGGUCGAACAAAAGGGCUCACCAUGCCCAGUGCUACAGCGCAGGCCUCUCUCAUCAAAGCUACAUAUGCUAAAGCAGGACUCGACCCGACGACAAAAUCCGGCCGUUGCCAGUUCUUCGAAGCCCAUGGCACUGGAACUCCAGCAGGAGAUCCCCAGGAAGCUGAGGCUCUAUGCAAAGCCUUCUUUCCAUCGAAUAACUCGGAUGAUGAUACGCUACUCGUUGGAUCUGUCAAAACCGUCAUCGGGCAUACCGAAGGAACAGCUGGUAUCGCAGGUUUGAUGAAGGCAUGUUUGGCUCUCCAACACUCGACGAUACCACCAAACCUCCUCUUCAAUCGCCUCAACCCCGCCCUUGAGCCUUUCAUAAAGCAUCUCCGCAUCCCCUUAUCGAGUCAGCCAUGGCCGACACUUCCAGAUGGGGAGCCACGCAGAGCAAGUGUCAACAGCUUUGGGUUUGGGGGAACAAAUGCGCACGCAAUCCUUGAGAGCUACACGCCAUCUUCCUGUCAUUCAGCCGGCAGGGAUGGCAUUAAUCCUCCCGCGUGUCCAAUCCCAACUGUGCUUUCAGCGGCCUCCGACCAGUCAUUACUUGCGUUGCUCGAAUCUAUUCUGGGCUUUCUUGACGAUAAACCGACUGUUGAUGUUUCGGAACUAGCAUAUACACUCAGCACAAAACGCUCCAUCCUGUCACAGAGACUGGCUCUAUCCGCUUUAUCAGUUGAACAACUUCGCGAGAAGAUCACGGCAAAAAUCGAAGCUGCUACCGCUGAUUCUCCCGUUGGCACCUCGGCCUUGCCUUCAGCACCAGCGAUACUGGGCGUGUUUACCGGACAGGGGGCGCAGUGGCCAACAAUGGGAUCGAGACUGAUCGCUUCAAUUCCGAUGGCUCGCCGUAUUCUGGACCAUCUCGAUGAAUAUCUGGCAACCUUGCCCGAGUGUCAUCGACCACGUUGGAAUUUAAUGGAUGAGCUCUCCGCAGACAGUACCAGUCGUCUUAGCGAAGCAGCGCUGUCACAGCCGCUCUGCACAGCUGUGCAGAUUAUUCUUGUUGACCUCCUACGUACCGCAGGAGUAAGAUUCGGGGCUGUUGUUGGUCACUCAUCGGGCGAGAUUGGGGCCGCCUAUGCCGCUGGCUAUCUGUCAUCGUAUGAUGCAAUCCGCAUUGCCUAUUAUCGAGGGUAUUUCGCAAAGCUCGCAGCAGGCCCAUCGGCUGAGAAGGGUGGCAUGAUGGCCGUCGGAACAUCGUUCGACGAUGCAAAUGACCUUUGCGAAUUGGAUGACUUUAACGGUAGACUAUCCGUGGCUGCCCAUAACUCAUCAACCUCGGUGACUCUCUCGGGCGAUGUCGAUGCUAUCACAGAAGCACAAGCAGUCUUCGAAGAGGAGGCAAAAUUUGUUAGGACCCUCCGAGUAGACACGGCAUAUCAUUCGGUCCACAUGCUGCGUUGCGUGUCACCUUACCUGAGGGCACUCCAGCACUGCAGGAUCCAGCCUCUCAAACCUAAUGACGACGCGCCACAGUGGUUCUCGAGUGUGCAUGAUGGUCGGCUGAUAAGCAAUCAAGAUUUUAACGAUCUUGCUGGUCAAUACUGGGUUGACAAUAUGACCCAGCCCGUCCUGUUCUAUCCAGCUAUUCAAAAGUGCAUGAGCUCGGUGAAUAUAAACUACGCGCUAGAAGUUGGGCCACACCCAGCCCUCCAGGGGCCUGCAACGGAAUGUAUUCUUGCCGCCACUGGUCAGAGUAUCCCCUAUUCGGGUGUGUUGAAGCGAGGCAAAAAUGAUGUCGAAGCAUUCUCUGAUGCUCUCGGUUCCGCCUGGGUGCAUUUCGGUCUUACAGGGGUUGACCUCGGGAUUUUCUACAGAGCAUGUCACAAAGAGCCUGCUAUCCUCCGGGGCUUGCCAUCCUAUCCCUGGAACCAUGACCGGGUGUUGUGGGCAGAGUCUCGGAUCAGCAAGUAUUUCAGGACCCAGGGCGGGCGUUUUCACGAUCUCCUUGGAACGCUCACUGCUGAUGGGCCUGUGGAAGAAUGGCGAUGGCGAAACGUGCUCAAAGCCAAAGAGCUAAAAUGGCUUUCUGGCCAUGUAUUGCAAGGUCAGACUGUCUUUCCUGGUACAGGAUACAUUGCCCUGGCAAUGGAGGCAGCGAUGGAGAUAGCAGCAGUGGAAGGAGAGCCAGUGGAAUCGAUUGAUCUUUUCGAUCUCGAGAUCCGCAAAGCCAUUGCCAUAAAUGACACAACUGGCACUGAGCUGCUUGUUUCUAUGACGAACGUGACCACUGAAGUUGGCUUCAUCACAGCAGAUUUCGCUGCUUACUCGACCGUCAGCAAGGAUUCGGGUCAACUGGCACUCAACUGCAGUGGAAGCGUGCGCAUCACUCUGGGCAGUGACAUCACUCACCAUUUCUCCAUUCGAUCUCCUCCCCCAUCGAGCAUGGCUGUGGUAGAUGUUGAUCGCUUCUACCAGGUCUUGCACGACGAUUUUGGCUAUGGGUAUGAGGGCCCUUUCAGGGGGUUAACACGCAUCUUACGAAAGUCGGGAUUCUCAACGGCGACAAUCCAGUGUCAUCCGUUUGCAGAGGACGAGACAAGCCUUUUAUUUCAUCCGGGUAUGCUGGAUAGUGCUCUCCAAGGGUUGAACGCCGCCUACAGUGCACCCGGGGAUGGCCGUCUCUGGUCCAUCGUUGCGCCAACCUCAUGCCGCCGCGUGACGAUGAUUCCUGCGCUUUGUGGGGAAAGGAUGACCGACCAGGUGGAGGUCGACUGUAAUAUCACGGACCCUCGUAACGGCUUCAUCACUGGUGAUGUCGAUGUGUACUCGUCCAACUACGAACAAAGGAUCAUCGAGAUUGAGGGGAUGAAGUUCUCACCCUUUGCUGCGCCGACAGCUGAAGAUGAUCGGCUUAUGUUUCAAGAAUCCUUCCUUUCAGUUGACAGGCCUGAUGCAGAUCUUGUCUUUGGAAAUAGACAAUCAUCACCCGAAGAGAGGACUAAGGGUUUAGAUGCCGAACGCGCAGCCUUUUUCUACCUGAAGAACCUGCACCUCUCUGUCAGCCCGAAAGAGCGUGAGAAGCUGCCCUGGUAUCGCCAGGCCCUCAUCAAGAAUGCCGAGAAACUCUACUACUACGUUAAAGACGGAAAGCACUCUUUCGCGUCGCCGACCUGGAUUAACGAUACUCGAGAGAUGAUAUUGGAUAUUAUGGAAAGUCAUGGCGAUGAUGCCGAUUUCAACCUGACCAAGGCGGUUGGUGAGCAUCUUCUUAUUCCCUCGGUGCUGAAUGGUGAAACCAGCAUUCUCGAAUAUAUGACUGCGAACAAUUAUCUCGACCGAUAUUACAUCGAUGCUAUUGGAUUUGGGCUUCUGAAUGACCUCAUUGCUGGAAUAAUGGAGCAGAUCUGCACCAAGUUUCCUAGCAUGGACUUCCUAGAGAUUGGAGCCGGUACUGGCGGAGCGACGCAGGCUGUUCUUGGGAGAAUCAAACACGCCUAUUCAUCGUACACCUACACUGACAUCUCUAAUGGCUUCUUUGAAAGAGCAGCAGGAGAGAAAUUCCAAGCUCAUGCCCACAAAAUGGCUUUCAAAACGCUCAAUAUUGAAAAAGAUCCUGCUUCUCAAGGCUUUCACCCUCAUUCCUACGAUGUCAUAAUUGCAUCCAACGUCCUACAUGCCACCAAAUCACUCAAGGAGACUCUAGAGCACACUCGGAGUCUGUUAAAACCUGGUGGCUAUCUCGUCAUGGUAGAGGUAAUCCGCACCGAUGUGAUGCGGCAUGGCCUCGUAAUGGGCGGUCUUCCUGGAUGGUGGAUUGGUGAGCAGGACGGCCGACUCGGUGGCCCCAGCAUAACUAUUGAGCAGUGGGAUGCGGUCCUCCGAGAGACCGGCUUCGGUGGCAUUGAAACGAACUCCCCUAUGCCUGAUCCGAUGGUGGUGCCUGGAUCCGUGAUUGUUGCCCAAGCACAAGAUAUCCAGUUUGGUAUGCUGCGCAGCCCUCUCGGCUCCAAGCAAAAGACAAGUCAGGGGACACUUGUUAUUCUCGGAGGCACAACGCCGGUGUCAUCGCCUCUACGCAGCCAGUUCAAUACUUUGCUUGGACCGCACUUCGAGAGCAUCAUCCUCAUGGAACGUCUAGAUGAUAUCUCUGGUGAGUUUGAGCUGUGGAAUGGUGCUCAUAUUCUGAGUCUGAUGGAACUCGAUUCAAACCUCUUCGAGGGUAUGGACGAAUCCCGAUGGGAAAAACUAAAACAAGUACUCGGCUCAGCCGCGAGUGUUCUGUGGUUGCUGAAGGGGAGUCGGGCCGCCAAUCCGCACGGGGGCACUACCCUAGGUCUCUUCAGGACGCUUUUCUAUGAACUUCCCGGGGCACUGUUGCAGACUGUUGAGGUCGGUGAUGAUUUUGAGAACUUGAGCCCUAACUUGUACAUUGUUGCCGAACUCAUGGGAAGACUUCGGUCAAUGGCUACGAUGGUCCGGACAGGUGAGCUUGAUAAUUUUUUGUGGAGCUUUGAGCCAGAGCUGGUCCUGGAGAAUGCUCGACUUUACAUCACCAGAAUCCGUCCACAUGCUGAGCAGAAUGCGCGGUACAACUCGGCCAAACGACCUAUCAGCCGUCUUGUGGAUAUUGACUCGACAAAUCUCAAUCUAAGUCGGGCCGAUAAUUCGUAUGUCCUGCAUGAGAAACAUGAGCUCCAGUUGUCAGCAACGGGGACGCAUGACGCCGAGUAUGUGACAGUCCGUGUCUCUUGCUCGCUCCUCUGUUCUCUUAGAACUCCGGCUGGGUAUGUCUUUGUAGCUCUCGGUGCCAAUAGCAACACUGGAGAGAAAAUGCUUUCCUUCUCGGAUUGCAACUCGUCUUCCAUUACAGUCCCAAAGUCGUGGACUAUCUGUCUCAAUAAGGACGAGUCAGAGAUUGUCGACGCACAAUACCUGUCUUUCGUGGUUGCCGAACUCAUGACCCAGCAAAUUCUGACAAUAGUCCCAUCCACGGGCACGGUGCUUGUCUUCGAACCGGACCCUGUCAUCGCGUCAUUGCUAUCCAAAAGGCUCGCCGAUUCAGGGAGAAAGGCCUUGUUUAUCACAACACGAUCCGAAGUCAACCUCCGUCGAAACUGGAUGUAUCUUCACCCCCACAGCACCCAGCGCGCCGUUAACUCAGCUGUUCCCAAGGAUGUGUCUCUAUACAUUGACACUUCUGAAAUUGUCGUCUCAGGAACGUUAGAGGAGAGACUUGGUUUGCGAAUUGCCACUGCUCUGUCCCCAAUCUGCGAGAAGAUAACCCUGUCAAACCUGGUGGCUCAACAAGCCUCGAAGCUUCCUGAACGCGCUCCCGAAUCAAUCACUAAACUGCUCAGUAGAGUCACUUUGUUUGCGUCGUCGAUGCUAAAUGCAGUCCCUGACGGUGCACCGCUUAAUAUGCUCCCUUUGAAACAAAUUAUAUCACCCACAUCCCCCCCGAGCUCCAAUUCUCUCGUGGAUUGGAGACCGGAGCACCCUGUGCCCAUCUCUGUUCAACCCGUGUUUGAGCGAAUGAACUUGUUCCGGGCCGACAGAACAUACUGGCUUGCCGGGUUAUCAGGCGAUCUUGGACGAUCACUCGCUGAUUUCAUGAUCUCCCACGGUGCUAAACAUGUCGUCCUUAGCAGCCGAAUACCCAGGGUUGACGAUGAAUGGGCACAGCUUCACAGAGCCCAGGGUGCAACUGUGGCUUACUUUGCUGGGGACCUCACCAAUUUUGACUCGGUUAAGCAAAUGUACAACACCAUCAACGAAACCAUGCCCGUCAUUGGUGGUGUUGCAAACGGUGCCAUGGUUCUGCGAGAUGGUUCCUUCACUACAUUGGGCUGGGAAGAUUUCCAGACAGUUCUUCGCUCCAAGGUCGACAGCACCACCAAUCUCAACCGCCUCUUAUCCAACACCAAUGAACCACUUGACUGGUUCAUUGGGCUCAGUUCUAUUGUCGGAACGACGGGCAAUCCUGGACAGUCAGCCUACUCAGCAGGUAACUGCUUCAUGAAAGCCGUUAUUCGCCAGCGUCGUAACCAGGGCCUUGCCGGGUCCAUCAUUGAUAUCAGUAGAGUCAUAGGUGUCGGUUAUAUCGAGCGUGAGAGCUCAGGCCGCCUGACCAAAGAGCAUCAGGAACGCCUGUCGAGUCGAUCUGGAGCACUGCCGAUGAGUGAGAUCGAUCUGCAUCAGCUUUUUGCCGAAGCUAUCGUUUCUGGACGUCCUGACUCGGGACUCAACCCCGAGGUCAUCAGUGGACUGGCACCCAUUACUACUGAACAGACAAGAGACGUCUUCUGGGCCACGAAUGCCAGAUUUUCCUUGCUAAUCAGGAAGGCGAGCAGUGCUGCAGUAGUGGGUGACAAGACCUCGAAUGUCCCUGUCCGGAAACUGUUGGAGGUUGCAACAACGACUCAGGAUGUGAGAAAGAUUCUGCUCGGUGCUUUCAAAGCAAAGUUGCGAAGCUCCAUGUUUCUGUCGGAGUCCGAUGCUUUAUCUGACUCUACGCCACUCGUGGACAUGGGCGUUGACAGUCUAGUUGGCGUAGAGAUGCGAUCUUGGUUCCUCAAGGAGCUUGGUGUCGAUAUUCCCGUGAUGAAAAUCCUCGGUGGUGCAUCUAUCGCGGAGCUGGUCGACGGUGUUUUGGAUAAUCUCUCGCAGGAACUGCUGGAAAAACCAGCUGAUGAGCAGAAGGAUGGUCCAGAUGGUGUAGUCAAUGGAGGUGCCAAUGACAGUACAUCCACUGAAGGCAGUCUCUCUGAUGCACCCACAGAGUAUGUUUUGGUCCAGGAUGAUCCCAAAGGGCUGAUAAAUGAGCGUUGGAAUAAUGGUGUUGUAAAUCCUGUUGCUGUUGCUGGCGUUGCUUAGAUAUUUAUUCAUCUGUAGUUUGAGCCGACCGGGAUACUGUCAUCUUUAUCGUUCUGAGCUCAUGAUAUAUUACCUUGCAUACCAACGUAAAUCCAGAAGUCUGCUUGUGCAUAGUAGAAUAUCAUAAGGUCAUUAUAUAUAGUUACGUGAUGCGUUAUGUGAAAAUACUUCUGCACUGCUAUAUACUAUCUGUCCAAUGCAAUUUGCUUGAGCUUCAUCACUCUACACAUUCAUCAUCCG